UGUCUGUAUAUUUUAGAUGUUAAGUGAAUUCAAAGCUAAAUUUCCUUUGGCAACAGAACUGUUAAGGUGCUUGUACCAGCUCUCACAGAUUAUAAAAGUCCAUGAGCACUGUUGUAUCAGAUUUCCCCACCUUCCUACCCUUUUGUUUUCAGACAGAUUGUCUUAUCCCCUCUCUGGUCUAAGCUCCCUGUUUUCAGGAAGAAUGACCUUGAACUUCUAAUUCUACUGUCUCCACCUCCCUAGUCUGAGAUGAUCCCAGAUUUUCAUCCAGGGUUUCCUGUAUGUUAAGCAAGCAAUCUACCAACUGAGAUAUGCCCUCCCAGGCCUCCUUCCUUUCUUUAUUUCCUUCUGGAUCUAGCUCUGUAGACCAGGCUGGCCUCGAGCUCACAGAGAUCUGCCUGGCUCUGCCUCCCGAGUGCUGGGAUUAAAGGUGUACGCCACCACUGCCUGGCUAUUUCCUUCUUUUCUUUCCUUCGUUCCUUUCUGUAGCUAAAGUUUUCCUGUGUUCUGCUAGGUCUGCCGAUGCUCAGACCCAAGUAAACACACAAAGGUUUAUAUUAAUUUAAACUUCUCAACCAUUAGCUCAGGCUUAAUACUGACUAGCUCUUACAUUUAAACUCAGCCCGUUUCUAUUAAUCUAUAUGUCGCCUUGUGUUCUGUGGCUUUACCUGGGUGCCAUUACAUGCUGCUCCCUGGAUGGCAGGCUGAUGUCUCCUGACUCAGCCUUCCUCUUCCCAGAAUUCUUCUUGUCUGCUUAUCCCACCUAUACUUCCUGCCUGGCUACUGGCCAAUCAGCAUUUUAUUUAUCAACCAAUCAGAGCAACAUACAUUCACAGCAUAUAGAACAUCCCACAGCACCUUCCUUCUUUCUUUAAAUGAAACAACAUUAGAAUUUAUUAAGAAAAGGAUAGGACAAGUGUGGUGGCUCAAGCCCUUAAUCCCAGCACUGCAGGGGCAGAGGUUGAGGUAGGUAGAUGUCUCUGAAUUCAAGGAUAGCAUAGUCUUCAAAGAAUAGGGUAAUAGUCCACAUCCAAGGGUUACCAAAGGUUUCUCAAGCUAGAAAAUUGCCUUGACUCUUUGAUUUUUCUGUGGAAGGCUUUCCUAGUAUCAGUUCCCUAAUUAAGAAAUCAUCUUUCAAAAAUGGCCAUGACCAGUCAAGGAAACUUCGAUGGAAAAUUUGAGGCACUGGAUCUUGCAGAAUUAACUAAAAAGCAACCAUGGUGGUGUAAGCACUUGGGGCAGGAAUCUGGGCCAUCAGCUGAAAAGUAUAGUGUAGCAACCCAGCUGUUAAUUGGAGGUGUUACUGGAUGGGUUUCUCUGUGCACUGGUUUCAUAUUCCAGAAAGUUGGAAAAUUGGCUACAACAGCUGUAGGAGGUGGAUUCUUUCUACUUCAGCUGGCAGACCAUACUGGGUACAUCAAAGUUGACUGGCAACAAGUCGAGAAAGACAUGAAAAAAGCCAAAGAGCAGUUGAAGAUUCAUCAGAAUAACCAAAUACCAACUGAGGUCAAGAGCAAAGCUGAGGAGGUUGUGUCAUUUGUAAAGAAGAAUGUUCUAGUGACUGGAGGAUUUUUUGGAGGCUUUCUGCUUGGCAUGGCAUCCUAAGAAAUACAACUUCUUUUUUUUUUCUUCUUGCCAGCAGCUUCUACACUCAAAAAUAGGACAAUGGACACUCCUCUUCCUUCUCUUCUCCCGUGCCUUCCUCCCUGUUGUGGCAAAUCUGAAUGGCUUCCAUAGGCUUCUUCUGGUACAAGGUUAAUACAGGCCUUCUCAUGAGCUUGACAUGUUGGAAGACAAUAGAUGUUAACUCUCCCAGUAUACUCCUCACUACUUGGUCAAUGAGUAGCUUAGUAAGAAUGUUCCCUUUCCUCUAUGUAAGCUCCUUUUCCAAACUUGAUUUGGAAAAGCAGCAUGUAAUUACUUUAGUAUGUAUUACAUGGAAAGGAACCAAAUACAUUUGCCUUUAAGCAUUAAAAAAAAAUCAUCUUUCUAGUGGCUUUCAAGUUUUUCUUUCCAAACAUGAUUACUAGAAGACGUUUUAUUAAUUUAUAUACGUGUGUUUUGUUUUUUUGAGACAGAGUUUCUCUGUGUGGCCUUGGCUGUCCUAGAACUCACUCUGUAGACCAGGCAGGCCUCAAACUCAGAGAUCCCCCUGCCUCUGCCUCUUGAGUACUGGGAUUAAAGGUGUGCACAACCACUGCUCAGCUAACCUAUGUUUUUCGAGUCAAGUUCUCUUAUAUAGCUCAAGCUGGUCUUGAAUUUAAGAUCCUCCUGCUCUGCCUCCUGAGUGCUGGGGUUGUGGGUGUUUCCCACCAUGCCCAGUGAGAUUUUUAUAAGUGACUCUGUAUGCAUGUGAUUUCUCUUUCAAUGUAUAUUUUUAAAUUUUCUGUGUGUGUGAGCUGAGAGUGUAUGUA